UGCUGGGCCUCUUUGCGCGGCGGCGGGGCUUCGGUGUGGGUGGCGUUGGGCGCCGCUGCCGCCAUGGGCUUUGGGGACCUUAAGUCCGCUGCCGGUCUGCGGGUCCUCAACGACUUCCUGGCCGACAAGAGCUACAUCGAAGGGUAUGUGCCCUCCCAGGCCGACAUAGCGGUCUUUGAAGCUGUCGGUGCCCCGCCUCCUGCAGAGCUGUUCCAUGCCCUUCGGUGGUACAAUCACAUUAAGUCCUACGAAAAGCAAAAGGCGAGUCUGCCAGGAAUAAAGAAGGCUUUGGGGAAAUAUGGUCCUGCUGAUGUUGAAGACACAACAGGUGCAGCCACAGAUAGCAAAGAUGAUGAUGACAUUGAUCUUUUUGGAUCUGAUGAUGAAGAGGAAAGUGAAGAAGCGAAGAAACUGAGGGAAGAACGCCUGGCCCAGUAUGAAUCAAAGAAGUCCAAAAAACCAGCUGUUGUUGCCAAAUCAUCAAUCUUGCUUGAUGUGAAACCUUGGGAUGAUGAGACAGACAUGGCCAAAUUAGAGGAGUGCGUUCGAAGCAUUCAAGCAGAUGGCCUGGUCUGGGGGUCUUCCAAGCUAGUACCAGUUGGCUAUGGUAUCAAAAAGCUUCAGAUUCAGUGUGUUGUUGAAGAUGAUAAAGUUGGAACAGACAUGCUGGAAGAAAGAAUAACAGCUUUUGAAGAUUAUGUACAAUCAAUGGAUGUAGCUGCUUUCAACAAGAUCUAAGCCUUGAUUUAUCUAGAAUAAAUAUAAUUGCAAAAA